GGUUAGACUGGAAGCCGACUCCAACAUAGUUGGGAAAAAGGCUCGGAGGAUGAUGCACACCAACGUCAUGAAUCUUCUGUAGAAGUAUUCGUUGAUGCAUUUUUAUGCACGUUGAUAAGAGGGCAUAGAUGACUGAAAAAAACUGAAUAAGAAUUCUGUCAUCUUAUCUUACGUUUUAGGGAAUGGACGGACAGCAGGAUUCAGGCCAAGGAAGACGACCGGCCAAACGACUGAAAGUCUAGGCGGAUGAUUGAUGAAUAGAACAGUUUGUCAAUGUCAUCAAUGUUUUAAGAAAAUAAUAAUAAAGUGAUAAGCAUUUUAGAGGAACUCUUGACUAUGUCGUAGCAGCCAUAUGUGCUAAGCUGGCUUGAGUCCCGGCUGUUGGCUUGUUGAUAUUUAACAGACGUGACUAGUCAGAAGAAUGAAAGUCUGACAGCCAGUCUUACAUAAGGGUAUCAUGUUGAAUGGUAACUGGAUAGAGGAAGCCCAGAUAUAAGAUCACCAGUUGUCUCAUGAAAAACUUCUAGUACCUAUUCAGCUGCAGUUUGUCUGGAGACAAGCUCGAAGACAUUAUGGCAGAUACCUACCUUUAAUAAUUAAUGAAUUAGCGUAGAAAAUAACAAUGCGCUGACUACAAUGUAGCAACAUGAAGUUAUGCAGUUAAUAUUCAAUUGCGGUCUCUGUUGUCAGGAACGAAUUAAUUGAUAUAUAUUAUCAAUGUGUUCCGUCAAAUCUCGGCGGGAUCCAGUCAGUAAGAGUUCGCUUGGGCGCCGCGGUUGGUUCGCGCGGGACUGCGCGCGCACGGUAUGCGCUCGAGUUGAAAUUUGAAUAUGGCGGUUUAUAGGUUAACUAUUUUUAUAAUCGUGAUAUCAUCAUAUCCAAUCAGUCAUGGACAAACAGAAAACGGCACGACGACAACCACAACAUCAGAGCGACCGCAAGGGGACAUGGGGAGUCCCUGCUCUCCCCAUAUGCCAGGAGACGUGGACUUCCAGACGGUAGACCUGAUAGCAGUGUACCGCAUGGACCAACCUGAUGCCAAGGGUAUCACGCUGGUGCAAGGGUCACAGGAUUUGCAGAGAGCGUAUAGGAUUGGGCUUGAUGUUAACUUGACUUUGCCUUUGCGCGAGGUGUUCCCAACUGGUCUACCAUCGCAUUUCACGGUGGUAGGCACAUUCAACGCCCGAGGUCAGCGGCGGCCCUGGAGCCUGGUGAGAGCCCGCUCCGAGUCCAGCCUGCAGUUCUCUCUCACCAUGCUGCCGGUCUCCAAGAAGAUUGCUGUCUUCAUCGGCGGGUCGAGAGUCAUGUUUAAUAGUUAUGAGAUAUUCACUCCGGGCUGGCACAAGAUUCACGCUUCUAUUUCUAACGAUACGGUUCAUGUUGCUGUCGACUGCGUUGAGUUAAUGCCAGAGAAGAUCAGCUCUCGUGACUUCACGAACGCGACUUCUGUCACCAUCGUGUCCAAUGACGACGGCACUUCAGCACCUAUAGAUCUGCAAUGGCUAUCGUUGAGCUGCGACCGAUACAACCUGAGCCGAGAUAGCUGUGAGGAAAUUGAUAAACCUCAGUACUUAGUGGCUACCUCACCACCAACGUUUGACGUGGACCCGGCGUUGUUGGAUCCUUUGGACUCGACAGUUUGCAAUACCACCUGUCCUCCGGGUCCAGAAGGACCACGUGGUCCUAAAGGGGAACCAGGACUGAGAGGAUAUACUGGUAUACCGGGUAUACGCGGUACAAAAGGAGAGAUCGGGGCCCCGGGCCCCAGAGGCUUCAAAGGCGAUAUGGGUGAACCGGGCCCACCUGGACCCGUAGUCAAUGCAUCUGGUGUAGGGUACGUCGGACCACCAGGUGAACCGGGGAGGCGCGGACCAAAGGGAGAGAAAGGCGACGUGGGACCAAGAGGUGAUCCAGGCGAGCGAGGGUUCGAUGGAAUCUCUGGACUGCCAGGAAUUGAUGGGAAAAAUGGUCUGCCUGGACCACCAGGGCCUGUGGGUCCCCGAGGCGAGCAGGGCUUCCCUGGUCCUCCGGGCCCUGCUAGUAACAUCAAUGCUUCUCUGAUACAAGGUGCUAAAGGCGAGAAGGGUGCCCCGGGGCGGGACGGCAGAGACGGCAUCGCGGGCCCCAGAGGACCACCGGGGCAUGACGGACCGACGGGACAACCAGGACCGCAAGGUUUUUCUGGUGCGCCAGGCGUGCCGGGAGUGAGGGGGCCCCCAGGCCCUGCCGGUCCAGAGGGGAAGAGAGGAUCAGAUGGACUACCGGGGCCUGAAGGUCCACCAGGGGCCCCGGGUCGACCAGGGCCGCCGGGCGCUGCAGCUGCAACAGGCGCACUAGUUUCUAUGCCUGGUCCUCAGGGCCCACCCGGACUAACAGGACAGAAAGGAGAGCCUGGUUUCCCAGGGUUCCCUGGCAAGCCUGGUGUGGAUGGGAUACCGGGGGCUCCGGGACCGAUGGGCGCGCCAGGACUACCGGCGCCUCCUAGUAUUGUAAGAGAGGCGCCUUCUAUCUCUGAAGCUGAAAUAAGAAACAUUUGUGAAGAUAUUAUUAAAGAGCGUUUACGAGAGCUGACUGCCAACCUAAUAUUGGAGACAAAAACUGUAGUUGGUAAGCGAGGACACCCGGGAAGACCAGGUCCACCGGGGCCACCGGGAAUACAAGGUGAUUCCGGAGAGCCAGGUCCGCGAGGAUAUCCCGGAGAAACAGGAGAGCCGGGCAAGCCUGGCAGUCCCGGGCAAGCUGGAGACAAGGGCGACAAGGGCGACAGGGGCCCUCAGGGCUUUGGAGUACAGGGGCCUGAGGGACCUAGAGGACAAAUAGGUCCCAUGGGCCCAGCAGGCCAUCCUGGAAGAACUGGAGACAGGGGCGACCCAGGACGAGAAGGAGCGAUAGGCCCUCGCGGUCAUCCAGGGCCCCGGGGCACGUGCGAGUGUCCAAUGGCCUACUACGCGUAUUCGCCACAAGGACUCAGUAAGGGGCCCGGAUGAUCAGAACUAGAACAUACCUGUACUUAAUAAAACUUUAAAGUGA